AAGUUAAUAAAUUUCAAUUAAGAACCUUUAUAGUUUAUACUCCUUUCACCGGAUAAUAAUUUCUGCAAAACAAGGGUGCUACAAGGUUGGAGGAACUUGUCCAUGGCUAUGGCUGGAGCUUUGAGUCUCUCCCAAUUUCCACUUUGUGGGUCUAUUUCGUUGCCCAAAAGAGUACCCAGAAGAAGGUUUUGCGUCAGAGCCAUGUCAGAAACCUCUUCAGUGAGCACCAAACAAGAACCAACUUCUGAUGCUUCUUCAGUCACAAUUUCUCCACCUCCCAACUUCAAGCCCCCUGAGCCUAAACGCUUUGCAAUCAGACCUGACAAGACUACUGAAGUGCUUGGAGCUUUGCUUCCUUUGCUCUUUCGCUUUGCCACUGGAGUUUUCGUUGAUGGGUAUUCUUUUUCAUUUGUUUCUAAGGAUGAAAUUCCUCCAGACCAAUUUGCUUUGGAAAUUAAUGGCAUUACGGUAAAAGAAACAGCAAAAUUAGGCCCUCGCCCUGAGAAGCCUAUUGAGAUAUAUGAAUUUGAGAGCUGUCCAUUUUGUCGAAAGGUUCGAGAAAUUGUUGCUAUUUUGGACAUUGAUGUUCUUUUCUAUCCUUGUCCAAGAAAUGGCCCAAAUUUCCGUCCGAAGGUUCUUCAAAUGGGUGGAAAACUGCAGUUCCCCUACAUGGUUGACCCAAACACAGGCGUUUCAAUGUAUGAAUCAGAUGACAUCAUUCGAUAUUUGGUUGACAAAUAUGGUGAUGGAAACGUCCCUUUAUCUUUAUCACUUGGAUUUAUAACGGCACUAACUGCUGGUCUUGCUAUGCUUAGUCGUAUUUCAAAGGGGACAACUUAUACUCCAGCAAAGUUCCCUCCAAAGCCACUUAAAUUAUGGGCAUAUGAGGGGUCUCCUUUCUGCAAACUUGUGCGUGAAGUACUUGUGGAAUUGGAGCUGCCACACCUGCUUAUAAGUUGUGCUAGGGGUAGCCCAAAAAGACAUAUACUAUAUCAGAAAACUGGAGUUUUCCAGGCACCCUUUUUGGAAGAUCCAAACACUGGAAUAGAAAUGUUUGAAAGUGCAGAAAUCAUAGAGUACCUUAAAGCAACUUACGCUCUUUAGAAAGUGAUGUUAUGAGAGGGAGAGGCUUUUGGGUUUUUUUUUUUUUUUUUUUUUUUUUUUUUUUUCUUAACUCAAUCUUAUGCGCCUUCAUUUCCUCUUGUAAAUUCUAAUACGAAUAAAUCAUUUUCUUAUAUGGAAAGUUCAAAUAGUGGAA